AUUUUCUGCCAUUUCACUCAAACCAAACCCAAAAGCCAUGACACAAAUAAAAGGGAACAGAUCAGAAUAAAAAUUAAAUCGAAAACAGUUUCUUGUAAACUAAGGCAUUCCCAUCAUUUCUUCGACACCAAUCAAAGCCCUAUCGCUUGCUUUUCCCCUCCACCAAAUCCCCAGAAGCCUCCAUAUCAAGGACCAGACCAAAAACCAGACCCAUCUCUGAGCUUUUGGACUCAUGGGUCGCGAAGCAGAGCAACCAAAAGCAAUAGUACUCGCAGCCACAGCCCCAGCCACGCCGCCGCCAGCGCCAACGGCUUUGGCUCCAGGCUUCAGGUUCCACCCAACAGACGAAGAACUCGUCAUUUACUACCUCAAGCGCAAGGUGUGUCGAAAACCCUUCAAAUUCAACGCGAUCUCCGAGGUCGACAUCUACAAGAGCGAGCCUUGGGACCUCGCAGAUAAGUCGAGCUUGAAGAGCAGGGACCAGGAGUACUACUUUUUCAGUGCACUAGACAGGAAGUAUGGAAAUGGGGCAAGGAUGAACAGGGCUACAAACCUAGGGUACUGGAAGGCCACAGGAAAUGACAGGGCAGUCAAGCAUAACGACAUCACUGUGGGGAUGAAGAAAACCUUGGUUUUUCAUAGUGGCCGAGCUCCUGAUGGCAAAAGGACCAAUUGGGUUAUGCAUGAGUAUAGGCUUGUUGAUGAAGUAUUUGAAAAAGCUGGGCUUGGUUCCAUUCAGGAUGCAUUUGUGCUGUGUAGAGUAUUUCAUAAAAGCAACAUAGGACCACCAAACGGGCACAGAUAUGCUCCUUUUGUUGAGGAGGAAUGGGAUGAUGAUGACAAGUUAACUUUGGUUCCUGGACAAGAGUCUCGAAAUGAAGCUGUAGCUGGUCGGGAUGCAUUUAUUAUAGGAAAUGGUCAUGCUGCAUGUAGUGAACAAAAUGCUCAUGCUGCAUGUAGUGAACAAAAUGUUCAUGCUGCACGUAGUGAACAAAGUGGUCAUGCUGCACGUAGGGAACAAAAUGGUCAUGCUGCAUGCAUUGAAGGAAAUGAUCAUGCUGCAUGUAAUGGAGAAAAUGGUCAUGGCACAUCCGUCCAAGGAAAUGGUCAUGGCACAUCCAUCCAAGGAAAUGGUCAUGGCACUUCCGCCCAAGAAAAUGGUCAUGGCACUUCCGUCCAAGGUAAUGGUCAUGGAACUUCCGUCAAAGGAAAUGGUCAUGCAACUUCAUUCGUAGGAAAUGAUCAUGGAACUUCAGUCGAAGGAAAUGGUCAUGACACUUCUGUCAAAGGAAAUGGCCACGGCACUUCUGUCAAAGAAAAUGGCCACGGCACUUCUGUCAAAGAAAAUGGUCAUGUUACUUCUGUUGAAGGAAAUGGCCAUGGCACUAUAAUUGGAGAUGAUCAUGGAACCAUUAAUAAGGGUAACAGUCUGGAAAUGGUGGAAUAUGGUCCUGAUGUGCACAAUGCAGGAAAUAAUUUUGAGCAGGAUAUUCAGCCCAUCGGCAAUGCUCUUGUGACUGAUGCUGAACUUCCAACAGAGAAUGAAAAUGAUUUACCGCUUUGCAAGACAGAGAGAAUGGAUGAUUAUCCCAUGACAUGUGUGGUUAAUCGGGAAGAGAGAUUGGAUGAUUAUCCAUCACCAGGUCCUGAUGAUGCACAACCCCUGCUGUCUUUGUUUAAUCGACAUCCUGGGCAACUACGCCAGUAUAAAAGAAGGCGGCAUAAUGAUUCAAAUUCUAACCAUUCAAAUGCUUCUGACAUUUCAAGUGGGAUGACACAUGACCCUUGCUCAUCCACAACAACAACAGCGUCAACUGAGGCAUCGAUGACCACGACAACAAGAAAUUUUCUGUCUGCACUGGUGGAGUAUCAGCUGUUAGAAUCCCUUGAACCCAAAGAUACUACUCCACCACCACCGCCUGAAUUCAGUGCUGCUUUGCUUCAUUCAUCUGUGCCUCCUAGCUGCUUGAAAUAUGUAGAGACUCUGCAAAAUGAAAUCCACAAGAUCUCUAUUGAGAGGGAGACAUUGAAAUUUGAAAUGAUGAGUGCCCAAGCCAUGAUUAACAUUCUUCAAGCACGAAUCGAUCUUCUAAACAAGGAGAAUGAGGAUUUGAAGAGGAACAAUGUCUGAGUCGCCUAGUGGUUCGUAGUCGUAUGUACUCGUAGUGUUCUUUGUAUGAGUUAACGGCCCCGUAUGGGCCGUGUUGAACUAUCUACAGUGAGUAUGUUUUCCUUAAUAGAGUCGGUAACUGUCUGUUGUUAAUUGAACGAUGUUGUAAACUGUAGCAAGCUUGUUGUACCAGUAGCAAGCUGAACUAUGUUGUAUCUUUAUGGGCUUGGAUUAGCCUGUCAUCGAAAUCGGCAGUUUAGACCUGAAUUAUGUUAAAUUUCAACC